AACUCAUUUUUAGUUCAAGUUUUUAUAACGUCCUUUCUCAGCACCUUCGCAGCAACAAUAAACAUAACACCCUCUCUCUCUCUAUUAUAUAUAUUCACACUGCUCUUCUCUAUACUGCAUCAAAACUAAAUCCCACAACUCUCAGCAAAGCUCUAGCUUACCUAAAAGGAAAAAAUGUCUAGUCUCAGUUCCAAUUCGACCCAAUUCAUUUUGAAGAUAUUUAUUGUUAUUUCUUUCUUUAAUGCAUGCUUUGCUUCAAGAAAGCUCACAGCUUUAGUCCAAGACCCACAAAUGCAGCUCUUGAAGUACCACAAAGGUGCACUUCUUUCUGGCAAAAUUAAUGUUAAUCUGAUUUGGUAUGGCAAAUUCAAGCCAUCCCAAAGAGCUAUUGUAUCCGAUUUCGUCACCUCCCUUUCUUCUUCAACUCCGUCUAAUGUCCAUCCUUCAGUAGCCCAAUGGUGGAACACCAUUGAAAAAUAUUACCAUCUCGCCAAUUCUAAGAACACCCUUUCGCUUAAUUUGGGCAAGCAAGUACUGAUUGAAAAUUAUUCCCUAGGAAAAUCAUUGACUCAGAAGCAAAUCGUUCAAUUAGCAUCAAAGGGUGAACAGAGAAAUGUUAUUAACGUUGUAUUGACCGCCUCCGAUGUUGCUGUUGAUGGGUUCUGUGUCAAUCGUUGUGGGACUCAUGGGUCGUCUAAAGGUGCUAUUAUUAAGGGCAAGACCUACAAAUUUGCUUAUAUUUGGGUUGGUAACUCAGAGACUCAAUGCCCUGGCUACUGUGCUUGGCCAUUCCACCAGCCCAUCUACGGACCACAGAGCCCACCAUUGGGUGCACCGAACAACGAUGUGGGUGUUGAUGGUAUGGUGAUCAACUUGGCUAGCUUAUUAGCUGGAACCGCAACAAACCCUUUUGGAAAUGGUUACUACCAGGGCGAAGCAGACGCGCCAUUGGAGUCUGCAUCUGCUUGCUCUGGUGUCUAUGCCAAGGGGGCUUACCCCGGUUAUGCUGGAAAUCUGUUGGUGGACAAGACAACAGGUGCAAGCUACAAUGCACAUGGUAUAAAUGGAAGGAAGUACUUGGUUCCGGCUUUAUAUGAUCCUGCUACAUCUUCCUGCUCCACUUUGGUCUAGAGAAACAAAUAGAAUUUACAAUGUAGGAUAUAAUAUAUAUAGUUGAGCAUAGAGUUGUAAGAUAUACAAUUUAUUAAUUCAUUCAUUUGUUUUGUAUAUGAUAAUAUACGAGAAAAAUUAUUUUGUUA